GUGGCAAUUCUUUCAUUGAAUGGUAUCUGCGUAAAUACUUCCUUAUGAACUGACACCUAUAUGCUGCAGGGGUAUGUCAAUGAGACUGGUAAAGUGACAUCUGCAACAGACAAGAGUGGUGUUGACAGAACAGAUGACACGGAUUCUGCGAACAAGCAAGGCAUUGAUCAAUUUGAUGAUGAGCAAAGUGAUCCCAUGAAAACUAAUGCUAUGAGAAGCUCUUUAUGGGAAAUUGAUACACUCCGGCAUCACUAUUGCCCACCAGUGUCAAGAUUUGUUUUGUCCCUCGAGAGUGACUUAACAAUUAGAGCCAAAACAUCCGAAGUUGCUGUGCAAGAUUUCAGUUCUGGAUCAUAUGCAACUAUUUUUGGUGAGGAGAUUAGAAGGAGGGUCAAACAGGUGCCUCUGGCAUUCUAUAAAUCUACUCCAACCUCUUUGUUCUCAGAAUCCGAUUUUCCUGGUUGGACUUUUGAUCUCAAUGAUGGGGAGCCUGUUGCUGUCAAUGAUGAGAAUGGAACUUUGGAUACACCCAAAGAACAUGACCACAUUUCUGUGAAACGUCAGUGUCUAGUACCUGUGUAAAGAAAGUACUCUUUUGCCAAAGGAAAAGUUUUGCUCAUUGCCGUUGCCUCCCUUAAUUUUUUAGUGCGACUUGUUGCUGCAGGGGGUAUAGGGUUGCAUCAUUGAGCAGUUAUUCAACUUACCAAUCUGUUUCACAUCAAAAAAUGACGACUUGCCAAUCAUGCUUGGUGACUUUAGGUUGUAGUUAAGUAAUUUGGCAGUUGGUACCAUGGUUUGACAAGCUAAAGUAUAUUAGGACAAUCAAUUGCUGGUUGUAUACAAGUGUGUGUGUGUGUCGUACAGUGGAGGCUGAUAUGAUUGGAUUUGCAAUUUUUGCUACAUUGUUAGUUGAAUUGUGCUGGGUUCGCCAGUAUGUUGUACCCAUACAUAGUGUUAUUUGACGGUCUGCAUUUUUACAAUUGGAGCAGUCCUUCAAAUUGUACUGGAGAACAAAGUUGAAUGUUUACAUUGCGGUUGCAUUAUUGUGUUUAAAUUGUAUUGGAGAACAAAGUUCGAACUUUUUCCCUUGUAAUGCUAAUUAAAAUAGCAUUUGUUACGAGCUGCCAUACUUUCGUUGCCGACUCUCGACUGAAGGCCUUGGAUAGAUUUUAUUUAUUUCUGUUUUAUGCAGUUAGUUGUCAAGUGGAUGCUUCACAAACCUGCGAUGACUUGCCUCAUCUGUAAAACCUCCGAUGCUUCACAAAUGUUGGAUGAAUUUAUAUACACUAUUUAAGUAUGAAUCACUAAAGACGCUGAAGGUGGUGUUACCUUAAAUGUAAUAGCUUUGAACUGUUAUAAAAAGGGGUGAGCCAAAAAAUGAAAGAGGAAAGAAACUCCAAAAGAACAAGAGAAGAACGAGAGAUGGAGGAAAACAGGGGCAAAGUAUGCGUGACCGGUGCAUCUGGCUUUCUGGCUUCUUGGCUGAUCAAGCGACUGCUGCUGUCUGGCUAUCGAGUAACCGGGACGGUCAGAGAUCCAGAAAAUGCCAAGAAGGUAGCACAUCUCUGGAGGCUGGAGGGAGCAAAGGAGAGACUGGUGCUGGUGAAGGGCGACUUAAUGGAGGAAGGCAGCUUCGAUGAUGCAAUAAUGGGCUGUGAAGGUGUCUUUCACACUGCAUCCCCUGUUCUAGGGCGACCAGCAUCCGAUCCCAAGGCUGAAAUUUUGAAACCUGCUGUUGAGGGUACGCUAAAUGUGCUGCGUUCGUGCAAGAAAAAUCCAUUUCUGAAGCGUGUUGUUCUGACCUCGUCUUCCUCAACUGUGAGGGCAAGAGAGGAUUUUGAUCCCAACGUACCACUGGACGAAUCAUCUUGGAGCUCUGAGAUGCUCUGCGAGAGACUGAAGAUCUGGUAUGUUUUAUCAAAAACUCUGGCGGAGAAGGCUGCCUGGAAAUUCUGUGAGGAGAACGAGAUUGACCUGGUCACCGUUCUCCCCUCAUUCGUGAUUGGACCUAGCUUGCCUCCGGAGUUAUGUUCCACAGCGGCCGACGUCCUCGGCUUGCUCAAAGGGGAGACGCAGAAAUUCGAAUGGCAUGGAAGAAUGGGAUAUGUGCAUAUUGACGAUGUUGCGCUGUGUCACAUCCUGGUGUAUGAACGCAGGAAUGCUCAAGGACGAUACCUCUGUUCUUCCACUGUCCUUGACAAUGAUGAGCUAGCCUCCAUUCUAUCCGCCACCUACCCUGCCCUGCCUAUACCCAAAAGGUUUCACAAGCUUGAUAACAGACCAUCUUAUGACCUGAAUACAUCGAAGCUGGAGGGCUUGGGAUUCAAGAACUUCAGGUCCAUCCGGGAAAUGUUCGAUGACUGCAUCGCAUCCCUGGUGGAACAAGGCCACCUCUCUUCUUCUUGAUCAACGUCUACUCUUGGCCAUGACUACAGUCACUGCAACAAGUCAAAAGACCAUUUUUUGACUAUGUCCACUCUUGGUUCAGAAUCCUUUUUUUUUUCUUUCUUUUUUCCAUAGGGCUUUCCAGGGUUUAUUGUGUCUUUAUUCGCGUUGUUAUAGUGCAAAAGUCCCGUGCCUACCGUCCCAGUUGCAACUCUGUCCCUGUUUGAGGCUCUUAAUUUCUAAAGAUUGAGAUAAACGCUAUAACUUUUCUAGUCCAAGAAAGGGUAAAAAAUAGAAAAUGUUGGAGCCUAAAAUUGCCAUUUGGGAAUUUAAAAAUGUCUUUGCAGGAACUCUGGCGCAUCCUCUCCUCUCGCGACAAUUGGGACCAGACAUCUUAUUAAACUAAUCUCUCUGUUACAAUUGAGGUGCACAGUAUCCAAAUAGAGCCCUCUUUGCAAGCAGCUGAGAGGACCACAUUUUACACUGCUUAAAAGUUAGCACACAACGUAAUUUUUACCAAAAGAAAAUGGAGGGAAAAAAAAAGAACUACUAAUUGAUGAAAUAUAGAAUAACAAUCCGAGUGAAAUUUUAUGCAGCUUAGGCAAAAAAAUGUUUUAGGAUUCGUUAUGGGUACUGAACUGUCUUUAACUAUUAACAGUAUGUGUCCAUUUAAUUACUCAGUACUACAAUCUACAAAAGAGUAACGACCACCCGUCUACACUACUAAGGAGGGAGGGAGGGGCUCAUAUAGGGGGAUGGUCGCAAUUCAUCUUCCUCUCCACUCGAAAAUGCAUCUGUUGGUAGCAAACUGGUACUUUUGACUCUCCUGUGUGAUAAUUUUAGGG